UCAACACUAGCGCACUCUGGCAGUGACUAUUAUGAGGUUAGACAUAGUCAUACAAGAUACUAAAAAUAUUAUGUGAGAAGGUUCUAUUUGACAUUACAGUGACAGAAAGCUGCUGUCAUCAAAGUAUGCUAUUCCUUGUAAUCGAAGAAAGAGGAUAACGUUAUAGAUAUAAAUAUUUUUGAUUGCACUGGUCCAUAUUCUCAUUUGGGAUUUCUGCAUUGGAAAGUUUAUCUGAAUAUAUAUAUAAAAAAAUGGCAUACAAUUUAUAUUGAGUCAUCAAGUAUCAUGGAACUCUCAGUGACUACAUCUGUUUGCUGUGUAAAAACAACGCUCCGUCAUACUGUUUUACCGACUGAACGAUAAUAACUCGAAGACGUCAUGGCUGAAAGAUGCAAUUUCGUGAUUUACAACAAUGUGUUAAUUCAUUAAAUUCCAUAUAAUAAAACAGAUAUGCCACAACAAAUAUCUAUGGAUGUUAAUUCAAAAUGUACUUACGAUAUUAACUUAAAACUGCAUCAAAAUCAUAGAAUUGAAAAUAAACGGAUAUAUCAAGCAGCUGUAAAAGAUGCUUUGUUUGGAGAUAAAGGUUUGCCUUAUAUGCCAACAGAACCACCAGCAUCCUUAAGUGAAGAGAUUGUGGAAUCUGAUCCAUUAUAUGUGUGUAAACAAUGUAAAGAUUGUUUUCGCUUUCAAAAUAGUUUUGAGGAUCAUAAGAAACGACGUAGUUGGAUCUUAGGAUUUUGGUGUCGCAAUUGUUUUAUUACAGUAUGUACUCAUAUAACCAAAACAGGUUCUGCAUGUCCUGCAUGCAUAAAAAAAGACAUGAACAAACGUUGGUAUUUGCGAAGAAGAGGUUUAACUAAAUAUCAGAAGCUGGGUGUUAUAAAGGUAUUCUACAACCAAUGCCAAUUUUGUGAACAUGUAAAAAUGCAUGAUUUAAGUGCAAUAGAUAUGGGUGAUCUAAUGUUAAUGCCUUUAUCUGCCAAUAUGUAUGAGAGUGAUUGGUCACCUGAAGUUGAAAUAAUAUGUGAAGCACUUAUGGAACGCUCACUUUUGUCACGUAUACAUAUUAUGGACUGGUUAAAAAUACAUAAUUUGGAAAAUAACUGGUGGAAGUUGGAUAAAAGUAAUAAUAAUAUGAUAACUAAACUUGUUGAAGGUUACAAAGGUCAGGAAUUAUUUAAAACCUUUGAGAAGUCAACAAUAAAUGAAUCUAUAAAUGUCAGUUCCUCUGACAAUUUUAAUGAUAAAGAUGCAAAUAAGAUUGCGGACAAAAAUGUAUCAGAAAAUGAAGAUAAUCCUUGUAUGUCAACUGAUAUUACUUUUGUAGAUUGUGGUCCAACUUCACAACAUUUUGAACCAGAAUCAUCAGUGAGCUAUGUACCGAAAAGACAAAUAACAGGUAUUACAAAAUCAGCACAUAACAGUAUGAAAAGCUUAACUGAUGUGAUAAAAAUAAAUAAUAAACAUAAAAUUACAACUUAUAAAGAUCUUCAUUCAUUUAAAUCAGAUAUGACUAAUGAAAAUACUACCAUUGUAAAAUCAGGUAGUUCUAAUAAAAAUUUUGUCAUUAGACAAUCAUCCAAAAACUGUGUGCAACAAUGUAAAAAAGCAAAGCCAUUUGUAAAAAAAAUUGUAAAUAACAUCAAUAAGCCUAGUAAUCCAGCAUCAGUAAUAGAAGCUGAUAUUAAUAAAAUUCUGGAUAACCCAAUUAAAAUUGUAAUUUCUGAUAAAAAGGUUUUACCUAAAAUAUUACCUAAGACUAAUUCAAAUCAUUUGAAGCAGAGUCAAACUUCAAACAAUAGUUUUGAGAUAUCUGAAAUAUUACCUAAAUCUAGAUUAGGAUAUUUGGAACAAAAUAAAAAAUCAAAAAGAUAUAAUUCCAAGAUAUUGAAUAUCCAAAGUUCACGGAAUGUUAGUAAUAAGAUAUUACCUAAGAUUAAUUCAGAUCAUUUGGAGCAAGAUCUUCAAACAUCAAUAAACAAUAAUUCAAAAAUACUAAGUAUUGAAAGUCCACAAAAUGUGGAUAUUACAUCAAUAAUUGAUCAACUUCCGUCUCAUCUUAUUUCCAAUAAAAAAUUGGUUGUUAUUGGACAAGAUUCAAAUAAUGUAAUUGCCUGUGACAAGAAUGAAGUCAGCACUGAAAAAAGAUUAAAUACGUUGGUAUUAGAUAAUAGUAAUGAUGCAAAUACCAAUAUGUCACAGAAAAAUUGUAAUUUUAUUAACAUCAAGAAACAAGACAAAUUUGUGAUAAAAGACGGAAAAAAGUAUCUCAUUAAAUAUCAAAAUAAUAUAAAGGAUACAGAAAAUCCUUCCAAUUUGAGACCAAUUAUGAACAGUAUGACGAAAGUUAUAAAACAGCAAACAUCCGAGCACAACACGUCAGUAUCCGUGUCUACUAACUCUAGUCAGGCCGAGAAUAUUGAUAUAGAACAAGUUUCAUUUUCUAACAAUAUUUCUACACCUUCUAUUACUACAGAUCUUUGUUUAACACCUUCACCAUCUCCUUCUGAAUCAUCCAAUUAUUCUGACUGGACAUAUGAAUCAUAUGUUAGAAAAAAUUCGAUUAAAAGACUACAAAUUGCACCUCCACAAUUGAUCAUGAUGCAGUCCUCUUCUGGUACGACCCAGAAAAAAUAUUUGUUUGAAACAAUAUCACUCGUCAAGAAAAAUGAAGAUAUUUAUAUGAAUGUAAAAGUAGUAGAUCGCAUUUCAAAAGAAGGUUUUCGAGAUACGUGUGAAGUAAUACCAAAAUAUAGAGAACAAAUGAUUGAUGAGUUUGAUGACUUGGAUAGUUUUGAAUUGAAAGAACGGAUUAACCAUCUACAACUUGUUAAUGAAGAAAUGAGGAAAGUUUUGAAUUUUUUAUCAAGCAAUGUCCUUUGGGAGAAAUCGAGAUCUAUCAAUACUCUUCAACAUAUAUUGGAAAAAUGCCUACAAAAGUGUAAUCAAGAUAUGACAGAUAAAAAGAACGAUGAUGUGAUAUUAGACGAAUGGGAAUCAGAAAUAUCGGAAACGGAUUCUCAUAAAUGUUUAUCAUGUAAUAAGCUUAUGAAACCUAAAUCGUAUAUUCCUGGAUUUUCAAAAUUAUCUAAAGAUGAUGAUAUAUAUUGUUCUUGUUAUAAACUUGUUUGUCACGAAUGUUUAUCUUACCAAGAUAAUCUAUCACGGUUUACUGCACAUCAGAACUACCAUAAGAAUUGCGAACCUUAUGUUUGCCCAGAUUGUCAUUCCAAAUUUGAUUCUAUUAGAUCUUUAGAAGUCCACACAUGGACUGUUUGUUUUCAUACUUUGAAAAAAUUUGUUCUUUCUUGCAAAAUUUGUGAAAUAGAUGGUUUUAGAGAUAUGGAAUCGAUUACUAGACAUAUUGCUAUCAUGCACAGCACCACGAGAAUUGCUUGUGAAGAAUGUGGUAAGAUACUUUCUUCAUACAGUGAAUAUCUAAAACAUUCCACUGAAACACAUCCAUUUCUACAAAAUCGAAAACCGGUACGUCUAGUGGGAUGCAAAUUAGGAAAUGUAAUCGUACGUUUUGAAAAUUUCAUGUGGUAUACGGAAAUGCAUCCUGCGAUUCGAAAAUUGAUAUGGUUUAAAUGUCCUUUUUGUUCAUUAACAACUCUAGAAAAUAAGCAUACAACUGCAAUUUUAAGUAAUCAUUUACGAAAUAAGCAUUUGCAUCGUUUGUCAGAGAUCCUUAGUAAAGAAGCAUUGGUUGAUAUUUUUGGUAAAAAAUUUUUUAAAACUGAUGUAAAUCCAAUUUCUGAAAACUUUGUGAAUUCAUUUACGAACGAAACAGCGAAGCAAACUAUAAUACCUAGAAUCGUGAACGCUCGAACUAUCUCUUCAGAAGUAUUCGAACAUGGCACAGAAGACGAAAUAUCUCUUUGGAAAUAUGAUGAUUCACACGUGGCAUGGUCAUCUAGAUUAGAAAUGAAACCAUCAACAAUGAAAAAGAAUAUUGAUGAUGAACAAGAAAUAAAAUCAUUGCCAAAAAUUGUCAGUGUUAAAUCAAUGAGCAAUUUAAAACCAUUUAAACUUAAAGAAACAGUCGUGAAAACUUCAACCAAUGCAAAGGAGAAAUCUAAUUCUCAAUUUUCUCAAGCUGAAAUAGUUAUAGAUGACAAAGACGAUCCAUUAGCAAGUGAGAAUGCGAAAGAAGUGAAAUUAAAUGACAGUAUAUCUGAUAAUAAGGAAGAGACAGAAAAGACAAAAGAGCCUGACAAAACUAACAACGAAUCGAUAUCAAUAAAUACACAUAAUGUCUGUAUAAAUUCAUCGACUCAAUCGCGCAAAAGAAUCUUGGAUCCUGAGUUCAUGACUAAACCAAGUAUAGAUGGUCGUAUAAAGGUAGUUGAUAUUAAAAAAAUAUGUAAACCGAACAUAGAACCAUUUGUUACCAGUGAACCGAAGAGUACCCCAGUAUUAGGGGAUGAAAACACGAGUCACAUAACGUCCACCUUACAACCUUCUGCCAAGAUCCCGCAACAUUUAUUUGAAUCUGAAAAAGUUUGCAAAUCAGAUAAUGGUUCAAAGAAUUUUAGGAAAAAAAAAUUUCUUUCUCGAAGUGCGAAUAAGCCAAAAAGGCGUAUCGCUAUACAUGGAACAACAGGUAUGCAAGAGAUAAAUAUCGAUUAUCUGUGCCACUUAUGUGGUGAACAAAUUAAUACUUCUAGAUCCAUAGUGGAAGCACACUUUCGUGAAAAGCACUCGCACGAAUACAAGUUGGCGAUAAUUACUCCGCGAUUGACACGGAUAGCACCUGACUUUAUUAAUGGUGGUUAUAAGCAAUUUAUCAAUAGCAGAAAGCGAAAAGCGGAUAGCGCUUUACUCAUGUCCAAGAGGAAACGUCGAUGGACUUCGAAGAAACAUACGGAAACGAAGGAUGCGAGUACACCCGUAGGAUUAUGCGUGGAACAGGAGACAGCAGAGGAUGGCGAAGGAAAUUUUAAAUGCAAGAAAUGCGAUCAACGAUGCACUGAUAUGUCCAAUCUGAGGGAGCACAUUGCUGCUAAUCAUCGAUUAAAAGGUCGUUAUGUGAUAUGUCUGGAAUGCGGCGAGAAUUUUGUGGUUACACCCAGCUUGCAGAUGCAUCUCAAAGCUUUCCAUGGAAUAGAGGAUCCUAUCAAUUAUAUGAAUCAAAACCCUUCUUAUGCUCUUGGUGUCGAUGGCGAUUCGGAAGCGGAAGGAAAAACUACAGUGGCUAAUCAGUGCUACGUCUGUAUGGCAGUUUUCGAGGAUAAAGCUGCGGUAGACAAACACUUGAGGGUGCAUGGUAUGGCUUUCCUAAAUCGUAGGAGAGUAGAAGCGAGAAAUGCUUUGAAAACCCCUGAGAAGAAGGCCCAUAUAGAGGAAGGAAAUAUUGCGAAAAACAGUCCAAAAGAGAUGUUGAAACAAGAUAAGCCAGCAGAAAUAAUUUUAGAAAAACUUGACGUUGCAAUAUAAAGUUGUAAGCGAUUAAAUGUAGAAAGAAAAAUAAUGUUGCUAUAAUAAAUUUAUUAAUCUUAUUUAUAAGAUUAAUAAUUUAUUUUUGUGUGUAUAUUGGAACGUUCAACUCUUCAUUGUUAUUGCGAAAUAUUGUAUCAGUAAAUUAUAAAUUUUGUUUCU